CCCCCGCCCCGGUGAGGCGCGAUGGGCAAGAGCUGCAAGGUGGUGGUGUGCGGGCAGGCCUCGGUCGGCAAAACCUCCAUCCUGGAGCAGCUGCUGUACGGGAACCAUGUAGUCGGCUCGGAGAUGAUCGAGACCCAGGAGGACAUUUACGUGGGCUCUAUCGAGACGGACCGGGGCGUGCGGGAGCAGGUGCGCUUCUACGACACGCGGGGGCUGCGGGACGGGCUGGAGCUGCCCAAGCACUGCUUCUCCUGCACCGACGGCUACGUGCUGGUCUACAGCACCGACAGCAAGGAGUCAUUCAAGCGUGUCGAGCUGCUCAAGAAGGAGAUUGACAAGUCCAAAGACAAGAAGGAGGUCACCAUUGUGGUUUUGGGCAACAAGUGUGACCUGCAGGAGCAGCGCCGGGUGGAUCAUGAUGCAGCCCAGCACUGGGCCAAGGGUGAGAAGGUGAAGCUGUGGGAGGUGUCCGUGGCUGACCGGCGCACGCUGAUCGAGCCCUUCAUCUACCUGGCCAGCAAGAUGACACAGCCACAGAGCAAGUCUGCGUUUCCCCUGAGCCGCAAGAACAAGGGCAGUGGAUCCAUGGAUGGCUGAGUCUGCUUCUCCUUCCCUUCCAUUGCCACCUCCUCUUCCUCACCUUCCUGCUUCCCUCUCACAUGCCUCUUGCUGAGUCCUGGCUGGUGUCAAGGAGCCUGCGGGAAGCAGGUGGCAGGAGGAGCAAUCAUCCCAGGGCUAGGGAUGGUCCUGGGAGAUGAGAGAGGCAGUGGGACAGGAACCACUCCUUUCCCUGCUCCGCCCCCGCAGCUGUCAGAGGUGCUACAGGAAGGUCAGGAUUCACUCAGUGAUCCCCUCUGCUCUCAGGUGCAGGCUGGGAGAGUGGAACAGAGGCACAGCACAGGCUGGCUGGAAUGUGGGGAUCAGAUCCACAUCUGGAGAGAACAACUCCCUCUUUUUCCAUUUCCUGAUAACAUGUGGGCAGAGCCUUUUGCUGGCCCUGCCUCCAGCCAAGCAGCUCUCCUUGCCCUGCCCCAGCUGGCUCUGUGCUGCUCCCUAGCAGGCUGUCCCUUACCCUGGCAGUGUCCACUACUCCUUUAUGCACUGGAAUAUCCAGGUAUGCUGCCCCACGGAAUGCCUAGAGCAGUGCAGGUGCCGUUCCUGAGGGCAGGGUGCCCAAAUGCACUGUUCUAGCCCUCCUCUUCCUGAGUGCAGACUGAGCCGUGAGCUUGGAAGAGAUAGGGUUGUACUUCACCUGCAUACCUGGAUCCUUGGAGGAGCUGGUGUGUACUUACCCUACACAUCUCAGAUGCUUUGGGCUAUGGCAGCUCUCACUAGCCACCUGUCACAAUGCUGCCUCCUUUCAGAACCACCAUAAGGCAAGGCACAGGUGUCCCAGUCCUGCCCAGCAACACUUGUUCCCCUCAGGUGGUCUGGAUGUAGGCAAAGAAAUGAUGAAAGCCCCAGUGUGUUUGUACUUGUUCCUUUUAUUUACUGAGUAACACAAUAAAGCGAUGGUUAUCAAAAUAUUUUCCUUUUUUUUUCCCCAACAGUUAUAGUACAUCAAAAAAUAUACAAUGAACAUUACAGGAGGGUACUGGCCAAGUCCCUAGAGUCUGGAUAUUCCAUUUUGGGGUUUGGGGAUUUUUUUUUUGUUUUUUUUUCUGUUUUUUUGAAUCAAACUUCACAUCACUCCAAGGUUAUUUACAUAGGGGCACACUUUACCGAGCGCUAUGGACUAUCCCUACUCCUAGUACAGCAUGUGCUAAGUCAAAGGCAGUAAAUGCUUUGGAGAGCAGGAGGGGAUUUGGGGGAUGCCAUAACGGGGGUUUCUUAUGCAGCUCGUUGCAAUAUUAUUGUUACUAGAAGGAAUGGCUUUCACAGGGUUAAAGUGCCAAGAACAGGAGUGCAUCAGGACUCCACUGGUGAGGGGCAAGGAGCAGCCAUGGCUCCAGCACAGGCUUUUUGGAACAAUGGAGGGGAACAGGCUCCCUGGUGCCAUGUGGCUCUGCAGGCUGGAGCCCAGCUGCUUCUGGUUCUCCAUGCUUCUGAGGGGCUGGGCAGGCCACCAGGGGCUCACAGCACAGGAGGGGACCCGCUGUCCUGCUGUGAUGGCUGGACUGGGGGUGACCCCAGGGGCCUGGGAAGGGCACAGUGAGACGGGCAGGGGUGGCUGGGGACGUGCUGCCACAGGUUG